AUAAAAGUCAGCUUGAGAAGAGAUAGCAGCCAACACUGCGCUUCACUCCUCGACCGCCGGUGGAGACAUUCCAGACUUGUUUCAACCAGACAACAUGACUGAGCUGGGCUGGCAGGCGUUCUUCCUCUCCUCGUUUGUCGUCUUCUUCAUGUUCCCCGCCACAGCUACAUCCUGCAAAAUUGUCCCCAUUAGGGAAUGCAACAAUGCUGAAUUUGUGCCCGGGUACAACCUGGGAGGGGAAGGUUUCAACAUCAUCACCAUGGAGCGGAAAGGAGCCUACAUCAUCAACAUGGAUGUGGUGGACCGGGCCAACGGCACCUGCAAGUUGUGCACAAACACCUAUCAAGGUAGAGUCCAGCAGAAGCUUCCGGCUUCGAUGGUGGACUGGCGCCCUCUGCCCCAGUGCAAGAUGAAGGUCGCCAGCUCCAUGUACGAGUCCAGCGAGUCUCUGGUGAACGACACCGGCUCCAGCAUGAAAAACGACUGGAAGGUGGGACUGGAGAUCACGGCAGAUCCCAGGUUUCAGCCAUCCAUGAUGCUUGGAGGAUCCCAUUCCAGAGCGGCCAAUUUUGCUAUGGAAAAAUCAAAGAAAGAUAAAUACAGCUUUAGCAGACAAGAGGUACACUGCAGCUUCUACGGGUACAGAGUAUCAUCCACCCCAGUUGUGAGUGAGGAAUUCUCCCAGUCCUUCCGGGCUCUUCCUAAUCAAUACUCCAGCUACACAAAGUCCCAGUACCGGGCUCUGAUUGACAUCUACGGUACCCACUUCAUGAGGCAAGUGCACCUGGGGGGAAAGAUUAAAAGCAUCACAGCCAUUAAGACGUGUGAGGCUACCAUGAAAGGCCUGAGUGACACGGCCGUGAAGGACUGCCUGGACGUGGAGGCAUCAGCCACCAUCAUGCAAGCUGCCACAGUCAAGACUGAGGCUCAUUUUUGUAAGGAGAAACUGAAAAAGCUGGGAAACUCACAAAGCUUCAGCGCCACAUUCAGUGAGCGCCACUCGGAGGUAACUGGUGGGCAGAUUGAUGGAGGGGACCUCCUUUUCUCCUCCCAGUCAGACCCUGGUGCCUACAAGGAGUGGUUAUCCACUCUGAAGAGAACUCCCGAUGUCAUCUCCUACUCCCUUUCACCCCUUCAUAAGAUCUUUCCCAAAGACGCGCGCAGUAGACAACUGAAGUCCGCUUUGAAAGAUUACAUCCUGGAGAACGCACUUUUGAGACGCUGCUCCAGGAAGUGUUCAGCCGGUUCACACACGAGCGCCAGGGAGCCCUGCAACUGCAUGUGCCACGGUGACAAUGCCGUAAAAGCCAACUGCUGUCCUGUUGAUAAGGGGCUGGCUAAAUUGACCGUGAGAAACUUGAGGGCUAAAGGCCUGUGGGGUGACGUUUGGACUGAAACUGAUGGCUCUGUAAAGGUCUCUUUUGGAUCAAUCUUCAGACGCACCUCAGUCAUUAGCGAUGAUAACAGCCCUGUGUGGAGGGAGACCUUUUACUUUGACGACAUCAAAAUAUCCAUGGCUGACAAGAUCACAUUUCAAGUUUAUGAUAUGGACAGCAGAUGGAACUCUGAUCUGUUGGGAAAAUGCUCUUUUCCAGUGAAAAGGGGAUAUGUCAGUGACAUGUGCGCAUUUACUCAUGGCUCAUUCUACUUCUCCUACUCGUUGGAGUGCGCCCCCAGUCUGGGUGGCCCACAGUGUGCCGACUAUAUUCCUUCUCCCAUGAGCACAGAGCUGACGAAGAGCUAUGUCUCCAGAAACGCCAUCCGCAUCCCAGAAAGUCUCCUGCCUCAUCUCUACCACGGUUAUGUUCCAUGGCCACAGCAGUCUUUCAACAGGACCAAAGAAGGUGAAGAACCCUGACUUGAGAAGGAAGAGUAAGACAAGAAAAUAUCAUUUUUUUCCACCGUGAAGUACACUC